CAGCAGUGCAGCAGUGUAAACACGUCCACCUCGGCCCACAGAGGGCCUGAUUCUGUGGAUUUACAUAAGGCUCCAUCAGCCGGCCCACUCAUUACCAUGUUUUAUAUUCCUGUGCGCUCAGAAAGCAUCAUGGCAAAGCGGCUCCAUCCUCCCCUCCAACAGGGAAGUGAAGCAGCUUCUCGGAGCAGGUGUCAGCAGCAGUAAACUCCACACAGCUCUGCACCGGAAACCAGGAAAGGAACUUUAUUCUCACUUUUUUUUAAAUUAUUAUUCUACCAUUUAUCCCUCUCAUCUGCCCUCCAUUUUAAAAUCCUCCCCUGCGCUCCAGCGGGCGCACAGCAGGCCUAUGUUGUGUUUUUAAUGUUCUCUAAAAUGGUAUCGAAGCUGACAUCCCUGCAGCAGGAGCUGCUCAGCGCCCUGCUGGACUCAGGAGUCACCAAAGACGUGCUGAUCCAGGCCCUGGAUGAUAUGGACCCCAGCCCGCCGGGCUUUGGAGUAAAACUGGAGAGUCUGCCGCUGUCGCCUGCUCCGCCUCAGAGCGGCAAAAUGAACGGGGCGGACGUGGACUCCAAGCCCGUUUUCCACACGCUCACUAACGGCCACAGCAAGGGCAAGCUGUCCGGGGACGAGGGCUCCGAGGACGGGGACGACUACGACACGCCGCCGAUCCUGAAGGAGCUCCAGUCGCUGAACACGGAGGAGGCCGCGGAGCAACGAGCCGAGGUGGAGCGCAUGUUGGCCGAGGACCCGUGGCGUGCUGCCCGCAUGAUCAAAGGUUACAUGCAGCAGCACAACAUCCCCCAACGGGAGGUGGUGGACAUCACAGGGCUGAACCAGUCUCACCUCUCCCAGCACCUCAACAAAGGCACGCCCAUGAAAACGCAGAAGCGAGCGGCCCUCUACACCUGGUAUGUCAGGAAACAGCGGGAAAUUCUCCGACAGUUCAACCAGGCAGCGCACGGUCCUGCCAGCAUUAUGACAGAUAAAGGCAAUCAGGAUCCGGCCUUUUUCUUCCCAGAGUUCAACCCUUCUGGUCAGGGCAUGGGUCAGCCGGGCGACGAGGUGGGCAGCGAACCGUCCUGCAAGAAAAUGAGACGCAACCGCUUCAAGUGGGGUCCGGCAUCCCAGCAGAUCCUGUACCAGGCCUACGACAGGCAGAAGAACCCCAGCAAGGAGGAGAGGGAGGCUUUGGUGGAGGAGUGCAACAGGGCCGAGUGUCUGCAGAGAGGCGUCUCCCCCUCCAAAGCUCAGGGCCUUGGCUCCAAUCUGGUCACUGAAGUGCGAGUUUAUAACUGGUUCGCCAACCGCCGCAAAGAGGAAGCCUUCAGGCAGAAGUUGGCCAUGGAUGCCAUCACCGCACCCACCCACGGCAUCAACCCGCUGCUGUCCCACAGCUCGCCACAUCACCCCCAGACCAGCGCCUCGCCUCCCAGUAAGAUACCAGUGCGUUACAGCCAAGGCCCCGGCGAGGUCACAUCCUCCUCCACCAUCAGCCACCACAGUAGCAAUGCGAUGGCCACCAGCCAGUCGGUGCUGCAGCAGGUGUCUCCGGGUGGAUUGGACCACAGCCACAGUCUGCUGUCACCUGACACCAAGAUGAUUUCAGGUUCAGGCGGAGGACUUCCUCCAGUCAGCACACUGACAAACAUCCACAGUUCCCAUCACAGCCACCAGCAGACACAGAACCUCAUCAUGCCUCUUUCUGGAGUCAUGGCCAUCGCACAGAGUGAGUCCGGAAUCCCUCCACUCUAUCUCCUUUUACUCCACCGCGAUGUGACACUGAUGUCUGACUUGGUCCCUCCAGGUUUAAACACAUCACAGUCUCAGACGGUGCCAGUGAUCAACAGCGUGGCCGGCAGCCUUGCAGCGCUGCAGCCGGUGCAGUUUUCCCAGCAGCUCCACAGUCCUCACCAGCAGAGCCUGAUGCAGCAGUCGCCGAGCCACAUGAGCCAGCAGCCGUUCAUGGCUACGGUCACACACUCGCACAUGUACUCUCACAAGCAAGAGCCCCCGCAAUAUUCCCACCCGUCACGUUUCCCCUCGGCCAUGGUGGUCACGGACGCCAACAGCAUCAGCACCCUCAGCUCCAUGUCCUCCAGCAAGACGGACGCUCCUGUAAACAAGAUGGUGCAACUUGGGGGUCUCUCCUGGUGUCCUCUUCAAGCUUGGUGAGAGCGUCCACCUGACUUCCUCGGUGCCCGGCAACCCGAGCACAUUUUUCCACCCUCUCACUGCGGUAACCAUGACAACUCUUAAUAACUCGCAACGGCGUGCUGGAUGAUGAGUCAGUCAACAAACACGGAGGAGUGACGACAGUCGGUGGGCAAGGUGGUGGAAAUGAGAAAAAAGGGGACAGAGAAAGAGAGAGAAAAAAAAAAAGCCCCUCAUUGCACCUGAAAGUGAGGAGCGUGGAUCGGACCCCCCCUCUGUGGCACACAAAUGAUCAACAAGGAUGUAUGAUUUUAACACAAUCUUUGAGGACAGUAUUCAGUCUUUCACGCCCCCUUUUUUUCUGUACAGUCAUCCUCUGUUGUGACAUUACAAAGGAACAAAAACCAAGCACCAGAACCUGCUCAUGUGGACCCAAACUGAAGGCUCAGGGACGAUUUAAACUGUGACUCGAGGCGGAAACUUGAAACAGUGGCCUGCAGCUGUGAAGGCUGAAGGGACGCCUGGGCUGAAAGUGUGUCGCGUUUGCACUUGAGCAGACAGUGUGACAAUCACAAUAACCUUUAUUGAUCCCGUGCAUGCAUUUUGACAUUCUUACUGGGCUUUAAAAGGAGUCUUCCAUGUUAUAUUCUUUCACUCUCAGUUUACUGUACUAGCAUUAGAGCGAAUGACGAAUGCCCCGUCGGUCGUUUGCGAGUUGUUCAAUGUGUAUACUGUGAUUGAAAAGACUUUUGACAAUCUUGAAAGGACUAUGCAAUGCGUCUAUAGGUGUAUGCAAUGCUUUGUAUAACUGGAUUCUGCACAAAACUCCACACACGUGAGGCUGGAAAUGAAUUUAUCAGUGAAUUCACCUACAGCUAUUAUAUUCUGUUGAUAGAACUGCUUGUAAAUAUAAAUUUUGGCUGCAGCUGCGUGUCUCACAAGCUGCCAUAUCUGAAAAACCUGAUGUCGCCCUAUUCAGCAGUUGUUUGCACACAGGUUCAAGGGAAAUUUCAGGAAUGGGACGCUCCCACAUCCUGCCACAAUGGGAAAUAAGGCAAAUAUUGUUCAUAAUUACUCCUCAUGUCACAAAAUCAAGGCACAGGAUUCCCCUCUGCUGGGUAGAAUGAAAAUAUUCAGAGUAUUCAGAGACAAAACAGACAUGAAAGAGGUCGAUGUUGUGACAGCAGCGGCUCUAAUCAUACAGGAAUCCAGAAAAGGCUGAGAAACGUCGGGGAGAGAAGCAGCUGCUGUGGACGCCCACGCUGACAGUAUUAAGGUGUGACCAAAGUUUAGCAUCAGCUCUAAGUUUUUCCUUCUCGAUAACCACCAAAAAGGCAACAGAAAGGCUCGUGGGGAGUACGUGUGGCAGAUCCAGUCUCCUGUUCAAUAUUAGGUCAUUACAUUGUUUUUAUUAUGUCAUUGGUUUGUGACUGUUAUAGGCAUAUCUACUGCCAUCUGAUCAGAGGGCACUCAUACUUAUGUGAAAGGACAUGAUUUUUUUUCUCCUCCUAAUGUAUUAUUUUUGUAUAAAAUUGAAAUCAAUCCUAAAUCAUUAUUUAUACUUUCUGAAGAAAUAUUGGUAUUUGAAGUAAAAUGUUUUUUUUUCCAAAAUGAA